AAUCUCACAAACUCAUCUCUCUCUCUCUCUCUUUGUUUCUUCAAUGGCAACGAAACUCAUCAUAAAGAAAUCAGCGAUACCAAUCAACCGUCACCAACGAAGCUGCUUCCGCCGUCACCGGAAAACUCAAAUCGGAUGCACAUCGCCGGCGGCGACCGCUGUCAUCGCUUCCAUCAACAAAUCGAUUUACAGAUGUCAACGAAGCAUUCUCUGCUUAUUCUCACGCGUCGACGGUCGUCUAGGAACCAGAGGAUUCAAAAUCCUCAAAUCUCACGAAUCCGCGAACAAUCUCAAAACUCCGUAUUCGUUGAUUCACGAUAGGUCCGGCAAAUCGUUCGACGAGACGAAGAAGACGAUCGUGUUAGACCUUGACGAGACGCUUAUUCACUCGUCGAUGGAGAAACCCGAAGUUCCGUACGAUUUCGUGGUGAGGCCCGAGAUCGACGGUCAGAUCUUAACCUUCUUCGUGAUCAAACGGCCAGGAGUGGACGACUUCUUGAAGAGGGUCGGGGAGAAGUACCAAAUCGUUGUUUUCACGGCGGGGCUGAGAGAGUACGCUUCUCUGGUCCUCGAUAAGUUGGAUCCAGAGCGGCGCGUGAUCUCACGGAGCUUUUACAGAGACGCUUGUUGCGAGAUCGAUGGGAGGUUAGUGAAGGAUUUAGGGUUUGUGACGAGAGAUUUGAGUCGCGUGGUGAUUGUUGAUGACAAUCCAAACGCUUACGCGCUUCAGCCGGAGAAUGCCUUUCCGAUUAAACCGUUCAACGAUGAUUUGAACGAUGUUGAGCUAAAGAAGGUCGGUGAGUUUUUUGAUGGCGAUUGUGAGAAGUGUGAAGACAUGAGAGUUGCUCUGAAGGAGUUUGUUGGACGAGAGGAAUGAUUUUUGGUUAAGUUGAUUAGUUGAUUUGAUUAAAUUUGUAUUAGAGGAUUUGAUUAUGAAGGCAUUGAACCAAUAGCUUUGUUUGUUCAAUUGUCUUGUGUAAAAAAACCUCCUCGUUUGAAAGCAAUUUGUUCAUU